UAUAAAAAAAAAUAAGUUAUUUCUCAAAGCAAAAAUAAAAUGAGUUUUACACGUCAACUUUCUGAAAUGAGCGCCAGUGAAUUGAACGAUGCAAUCGAUGAUACAAAUUUUCCACAGGCUCACAUCCUGUCUCGUGGACGCAACAAUAGUGUUUGUUCUACGAGUUCAUCUUCACUUAUACUGGAUCGUACUUUAUCACAAACUGAUGAAAGUAAUGUUAAUGCUGUAAUCACUCAAAAUGCGAUCGAUACUUUAAUAUCAACACCAGUGUCAAGACCGAAGCUUAUUUUAAAAACAAACGGCACAAUACCAGAAAAUGAAGCAAAUGAUGCAACACCAAAAACACCAAAAACUCCCAGAACAUCAACGACACCAGGUCAUGAAAAUUGUACAUUCCAUCAUGAUUUAGAAUUGGAUCAUAAACCGCCAACACGUGAGGCUUUAUUACCUGAUAUGGCCAGAUCAUAUCGUUUAUUACUCGGUGGCUUGGGCGAGAACCCCGAUCGUCAAGGUCUGUUAAAAACACCAGAACGCGCAGCAAAGGCAAUGCUAUUCUUUACAAAAGGCUAUGAUCAAAGUCUAGAAGAUGUGCUUAAUGGUGCAGUAUUUGAUGAAGAUCACGAUGAGAUGGUGGUUGUUAAGGAUAUUGAAAUGUUUUCUAUGUGCGAACAUCACUUGGUGCCAUUUUAUGGUAAAGUUUCCAUUGGGUAUUUGCCAUGCAAUAAAAUUUUGGGCUUAAGCAAAUUGGCCAGAAUUGUGGAAAUAUUUUCAAGGCGCUUGCAAGUGCAGGAACGUUUAACCAAGCAAAUUGCAGUCGCCGUAACGCAAGCUGUACAACCGGCUGGUGUGGCUGUUGUUGUUGAAGGAGUACAUAUGUGUAUGGUUAUGCGCGGAGUACAAAAAAUCAACAGUAAAACUGUAACAUCUACGAUGUUAGGAGUAUUCAGAGAUGAUCCUAAAACCCGGGAAGAGUUCUUAAAUUUGGUUAAUAGCAAGUAAACUAAACAACAAAAAUUAUAGCAUAUUAAGCUUUAUUCAACAUGAUUAAAAACUACAUGAUUACAUUCCAAUAAAACUAUUUAUAAAAAAUAAAAAAUAUUUAAAGAAUUUAUACACUUAUAAGAGCAUUCAUACAUAUAUAAAACAUUAUUCAGCUUAAAAUAUUGAAAUUAUAAAGAGAAGAUAUCAAAAUAUUUGUUGUGAAAUGAAUUGUACUUAAAUGUAAAUUUGAUAUUAAAUAUUUUUGGAUAAACAUACAAUGUUAGUGAAGAUACAAUGCAAAAAUUGUUAUUUAGAACUAGGAAAAGUGUGAAAACUGUUAAAAGUAAUUUAUGGGUCCAAAUAAUUAUAAAAU